UGAGUGUGUGGAGGCGGGGGUGAGAGGUUACAUGGUGGUAAACAAACCUCGAGUUGUGUGUGUGCUGUUGUCAUCUAACUUGUCAUGGAGAACCAUCAGAGUGAAGACACUCACAUCAAACCUUGUGAAUACGAUCCAAAUGUCAAUCAAGAUGAGCUCAUCAUGGCACAGGAAAAACAAAUUGCUGAAGAGAUCAAAGCCAACACUUCAAUGAUAGGGUCACUUCAAGGCCUCGGUUCCUUGGCAAAAGAAUAUUCAAAUGACCCAGUAUAUUCUAGCAAGACACUGGUGACAUACAAUAAGUGUGCUGGAAGCACACCAUUUAGUGAUUCUGAGGUUAGAACUCUUCUACCCAAAUUCUCAAAUGUCCGCCGCACCAGACCAGAUGGCAAUUGCUUCCUCAGAGGUUUUAUAUUUGCUUACCUAGAAUACUGUAUUCAUCAUAGAGAUGAGCUAACUAGAUUCAAGAAAUACCUUGAAGGAAGCAAAGAAGAACUUUUUGAAAUGGGAUUUCCAAAAUUUACUACAGAAGAUUUUCAUGACAUGUUUAUGGAGGUUGUGAAUGAUUUGGAAGGCAGUGGCAGUGUAGGGCGUGUAGAAGCUGUUUGCAAUGAUGCUGGAACCUCUGACUACCUAGUAGUGUAUCUGCGACUUCUUAUCUCGGCACAUCUCCAAAAGAAUGCCGAAUUUUUUAGCUUUUUCAUCGAGGGUGGCAGAACAGUUGAGGAGUUCUGUAAACAGGAAGUAGAGCCAAUGUAUCGAGAAUGUGACCAUCUUCACAUUGUAGCACUGACAGCUGCUAUAGGUGUUGGUGUGAGAGUAAUGUAUUUAGAUCGAGGAGAGGGAGCUGCUGUUGUAUCUCAUGAUUUUCCAGAAGACAAGGAACCAAUUAUUCAUCUGCUCUACCGCCCAGGACACUAUGAUAUACUUUACAAGGCAUAAUAUUAACUUAAUUUAGCUCUGUUGAAAUACAGUAAUAGGAUUUCAUAUACAGUAUUGUAUAUUUUCUUCUCUUGGACAAGGGCAAAAUUUUCCUUUGCUGCCUUCUUCAAUGACAUUUAAGUUAUAUAAAGUUGUAUUCUUUUCAGUAGUAUGUAUCAUUAAUAUACAUAAAAGGUUUUAAUUGCAGUCCAUUAUAUAUACCAUUAAAAUACCAUUCAGUACUGUAUUUCUAACAGUAUUUCUGUGGUCAGGUUCCAGGGACCCCUACUGGAAUAACCUGUCAUUAACUCUCCCAAUACACCAGGAGUAGACUAAGUACUGUAAGCACUUUUUGCCUGGUUAGUCAUCUGUUUUUUUUCUCGUUAACACUUGUGCUUUCUUAUUGUGCAGUCAAUAAGCACUAAUUCAAUUCUUUAACCAGAGGUUUGGUAAGUUGCAGAAGGAAGAUGGAUGGGUAAGGAUGGAAUGAGGAGGAGGGGUAGGUAAGGGAUGAGGAGAGGAGGAAAUAAAGGUAAGUGGCCCAACCAGGGGGGUAUAACAUCUUUUAGGAGAGAAGAAGAGCAGGAUGCGAGUGUGGGGGAGGUGCAUGAGGCAUUACAUAGAAUGAAAGGAGGUAAAGCAGCUGGAACUGACAGAAUCAAGACCCAGUGGCCUGGUGGCUAAAGCUCCCGCUUCACACACGGAGGGCCCGGGUUCGAUUCCCGGCGGGUAGAAACAUUUCGACACGUUUCCUUACACCUGUUGUCCUGUUCACCUAGCAGCAAAUAGGUACCUGGGUGUUAGUCGACUGGUGUGGGUUGCAUCCUGGGGGACAAGAUUAAGGACCCCAAUGGAAAUAAGUUAGACAGUCCUCGAUGACGCACUGACUUUCUUGGGUUAUCCUGGGUGGCUAACCCCCCGGGGUUAAAAAUCUGAACGAAAUCUUAUCUUAUCUUAUCUUAAAGCAGGGGGGGAUAUAGUUUUGGAGUGGUUGGUAUUUAUGGUGUUCUGCUAAUACGGAUAUUUCAAAUUAUGACCAAAACUCGCUGUGCGGCUCCCCCACCAGUUUGUUUACAUUAUCUGUGAGCUCCGUAAGCACCACAUCUAUCCAUUAUGUCUGGAAACUCCAAAAUUUAAGUGCUUUUAAAAGUUAUUUCAUAUAUUAUAUAUAUAUAUUUUUUUUUUAUUAACACACUGGCCAAUUCCCACCAAGGCAAGGUGGCCCGAAAAAGAAAAACUUUCACCAUCAUUCACUCCAUCACUGUCUUGCCAGAAGGGUGUUUUACACUACAGUUUUUAAACUGCAACAUUAAUACCCCUCCUUCAGAGUGCAGGCACUGUACUUCCCAUCUCCAGGACUCAAGUCCGGCCUGCCGGUUUCCCUGAAUCCCUUCAUAAAUGUUACUUUGCUCACACUCCAACAGCACGUCAAGUAUUAAAAACCAUUUGUCUCCAUUCACUCCUGUCAAACAUGCUCACGCAUGCCUGCUGGAAGUCCAAGCCCCUCGCUCACAAAACCACCUUUACCCCCUCCCUCCAACCUUUUCUAGGCCAACCCCUACCCCGCCUUCCUUCCACUACAGACUGAUACACUCUUGAAGUCAUUCUGUUUCACUCCAUUCUCUCUACAUGUCCGAACCACCUCAACAACCCUUCCUCAGCCCUCUGGACAACAGUUUUGGUAAUCCCGCACCUCCUCCUAACUUCCAAACUACGAAUUCUCUGCAUUAUAUUCACACCACACAUUGCCCUCAGACAUGACAUCUCCACUGCCUCCAACCUUCUCCUCGCUGCAACAUUCAUCACCCAUGCUUCACACCUAUAUAAGAGCGUUGGUAAAACUAUACUCUCAUACAUUCCCCUCUUUGCCUCCAAGGACAAAGUUCUUUGUCUCCACAGACUUCUAAGUGCACCACUCACCCUUUUCCCCUCAUCAAUUCUAUGAUUCACUUCAUCUUUCAUAGACCCAUCCGCUGACAUGUCCACUCCCAAAUAUCUGAAUACAUUCACCUCCUCCAUACUCCCUCCCUCCAAUCUGAUAUCCAAUCUUUCAUCACCUAAUCUUUUUGUUAUCCUCAUAACCUUACUCUUUCCUGUAUUCACUUUUAAUUUUCUUAUUUUGCAUACCCUACCAAAUUCAUCCACCAACCUCUGCAACUUCUCUUCAGAAUCUCCCAAGAGCACAGUGUCAUCAGCAAAGAGCAACUGUGACAACUGCCACUUUGUGUGAUUCUUUAUCUUUUAACUCCACGCCUCUUGCCAAGACCCUCGCAUUCACUUCUCUUACAACCCCAUCUAUAAAUAUGUUAAACAUCCACUGUGACAUCACACAUCCUUGUCUAAGGCCUACUUUUACUGGGAAAUAAUCUCCCUCUUUCCUACAUACUCUAGCUUGAGCCUCACUAUCCUUGUAAAAACUCUUCACUGCUCUCAGUAACCUACCCCCUACACCAUACACCUGCAACAUCUGCCACUUUGCCCCCCCUAUCCACCCUGUCAUAUGCCUUUUCCAAAUCCAUAAAUGCCACAAAGACCUCUUUAGCCUUAUCUAAAUACUGUUCACUUAUAUGUUUCACUGUAAACACCUGGUCCACACACCCCCUACCUUUCCUAAAGCCUCCUUGUUCAUCUGCUGUCCUAUUCUCCGUCUUACUCUUAAUUCUUUCAAUAAUAACUCUACCAUACACUUUACCAGGUAUACUCAACAGACUUAUCCCCCUAUAAUUUUUGCAUUCUUUUGUCCCCUUUGCCUUUAUACAAAGGAACUAUGCAUGCUCUCUGCCAAUUCCUAGGUACCUUACCCUCUUCCAUACAUUUAUUAAAUAAUUGCACCAACCACUCCAAAACUAUAUCCUCACCUGCUUUUAACAUUUCUAUCUUUAUCCCAUCAAUCCCAGCUGCCUUACCCCCUUUCAUUUUACCCACUGCCUCACGAACUUCCCCCACACUCGCAACUGGCUCUUCCUCACUCCUACAAGAUGUUAUUCCUCCUUGCCCUAUACACGAAAUCACAGCUUCCCUAUCUUCAUCAACAUUUAACCCUUAAACGGUCCAAAGAGAUUGACGUUCAAAUUCAUAGUGCUACAAAAGUAGAUCUACUUUUUUUUACAUAUUUUCAAAUAUAAAAAAAAAAAUGUAGAUAAAUUUUUUUUUACACGUUUUUAAAUGUAAAACAAAAAAGAUCUGCAUUUUUUUACAUACUUUCAGAUGUUGAAAAAACGUAUAUAUACGUUUGGACCAUUUAAGGGUUAACAGAGUACUAUAUAUUAUAUAUAGUACUCUGAUAAUUAUACUACUUGCAUAUACCUGUACCUAAAUAUACUUACACACUGUGCUGGCAUGCAGGUACACAUUAAAAUCAGUAAGAGUGUCUUACGUCUCGAGACGCCAUAUUAGUAAUGAUAGUAAUAAUACAGUGGACCCUCGGCUAACGAUAUUAAUCCGUUCCAGAGAGCUCAUCGUUAGACAAAAUUGUCGUUAGCCGAAUUAAUUUUCCCCAUAAGAAAUAAUGGAAAUCCAAUUAAUCUGUUCCAGACAGCCAAAAGUAUUAAAAAAAAUAUUUUUUUUUUCACGAAAUAUACAUUUCCCUACAAAGAAAACAAUGAGACAUGCACAAUAACUAUAUAAAUAAAUGUUAAAAUGACACUUGCCUUUAUUGAAGAGUAUUGAUGUUUUUCUUGAAAACACUGGGAUUUUCAGAGUGAUAUAUACAUGAGUAAAGGAUUCACUUUGCAAUCCCCACUAGCAUUACAACAAAACAAGAAAGUUAGCCUGUCUUUCAUAGGCUUGUGUCCUGGGAGUGCCUUUUCCUCCUGAGUAGUGUAGGUCCUGUUCGGCAUUUUCUUCCAGAACAGGCCUGUUUCGUCACAAUUGAACACUUGUUGGGGUUGGAAUUUUUCAGCUUCGCCAUGCCUUAUCACACUGUGUAUGCCACUACGAUUCUUAAAUCUCUCAAACCAACCUUUGCUGGCCUUAAAUUCACCAAUAUGAGCACUAGUUCCAGGCAUUUUUUCCUGUUCCCCUGGGUGUUAGUCAACUGGUGUGGAUCGCAUCCUGAAGGACAAGAUUAAGGACCUCAAUGGAAAUAAGUUAGACAGCCCUCAAUGACACACUGACUUUCUUGGGUUAUCCUGGGUGGCUAACCCUCUGGGGUUAAUUGUUUCUCGGUAAUUGUUUCUCGUUAAGCCACACCAACAACAGUCUCCACAUCUUCAAGUAGUACAGCUGAUGGUGGUGCAGCACAGCUGACCAUGGUACAAUAGUAUUUCGAUAGUAUUUUUCACCCUUUUUAUCACAGGGUUGGCACUAGAAACUUUCUUUGGGCCCAUGGUGGCUUAUUUAGCAGUUACAAGCACUAAAAACAAUGGAAUAAUACAAAAUGUAUCGAAUGUGUGCAUGGAACCGGCCACCCUGGCUUGUAAACAAUGACAGCAGGGCAGCUGAGGUGCUCAGGCUGGACAGACAGGUUCAGGAUGAGUCACAUUGGUCGAGUUUUUCAUUGUUGGCCGGGCCAAAAUUUUACGCUUAAACGCUUCAUUGAGCGAAUUUAUCAUUAGACAAUGCCUUCGUUGCUUGAGGGUCCACUGUACUCAAUAAUAAUCACUGAGUCUCAUUAAAUGUCAUACGUUAUGUUAAUAUACACAUUUUCAUUAAUCCAUCCAUGAUAUUUUUUCAAAAUUAUAUAAUAAACACGAUACGUAAUAUAUAAAGAUGAUAAAUACACCCCACAGUAGAAAAAAUUAACAUAAAUAUGAGAUGUGAUAGCUAGAUGACUUGUACGAGUGAUGGCAAGAAUAAUGUUUUCUCUAGUCUAACAUAAGAGAAAAUGUGUUACUGUGGGUAACUGUAGAAGAUUAUUCCUUUUGUAUGCCUUCACUCAGAGUGUCAUUUCUUCUAAAAAUGGUGUUAAACGAGAAUGGGAGUGUUCCUCUUCAUUUAUUCUACCGUAUCAACGUACAGACAACUUGUACACAAUGUAACUUGUACACAAACCAGAUGCAUAUGCCUGGUUUGUUUACAUAACUUCGCGCCUGUCCUCUCUCAUGUACUCAUGCUCUCUCUCUCAUAUAUUUGUUUUAUCUUGUUUACUCACCUCUGACAUUAAGACUACAAAUAUUUUACGGUAAGUAAUGAGUGAACUCUAUAUGCAUUUUAUCACUCUGGGAUGCUUAAAUGUUGUAGAAUAUUAUGUGUGAGUGGGGUGGCCUGGUGUGGUAGCCUGGCUGACUACCAUACAUACCACACUUGAUUUCUUACAAUUAAUGCUACUCAUCUCACCCUAGAGUAAUGAGUGUACUCUGUGUAUUUUACUUUUUUACUGUUUUUUAAUGCCAAGUUCUAUUGCAAACUUAAUAUAUGUUAGUGUAAACUUGUUAUCAUCUAGUAUUUAUAUGCAUUUAUAAAUGAAAAAAGGGUGUUCCACUUUACGGUGGCUUCUGCUUUACAGCGGUAGCCUGGAACCUAACCUGCCAUAUAAGUGGGACCCUACUGUAGUUCCUUUAUAUAAAGGGAGGGGGGACAAGAGAGAUUGUAAAAAUUAUAGGGGAAUAAGUUUACUGAGUAUAACAGGUAAAGUGUACAGCAGGGUUAUUAUUGAAAGAAGUAGAGGUAAGACAAAGAGCAGGAUUGCAGAUGAGCAAGGAGGCUUUAGAUUUUGUAGGAGAUGUGUAGAUCAAGCGUUUACAUUGAAGCAUACAUGUGAACAGUAUUUAGAUAAAGGUAUGGAAAUUUUCAUUGCAUUUAUGGAUUUAGAAAAGGCAUAUGAUAGAGUGAAUAACGGAGCAAUGUGGCAGAUGUUGCAAGUAUAUGGAAUAGGUAGUAAGUUACUAAAUGCUAUAAAGAGUUUUUAUUUGGAUAGUGAGGCUCAGGUUAGGGUGUGUUGGAGAGAGGGAGAUUACUUCCCGGUAAAAGUAGGUCUUAGACAGGGAUGUGUAAUGUCACCAUGGUGGUUUAAUAUAUUUAUAGAUUUUUAUUAUUUUUUUUUUUUUUUUAUCACACUGGCCGAUUCCCACCAAGGCAGGGUGGCCCGAAAAAGAAAAACUUUCACCAUCAUUCACUCCAUCACUGUCUUGCCAGAAGGGUGCUUUACACUACAGUUUUUAAACUGCAACAUUAACACCCGUCCUUCAGAGUGCAGGCACUGUACUUCCCAUCUCCAGGACUCAAGUCCGGCCUGCCGGUUUCCCUGAACCCCUUCAUAAAUGUUACUUUGCUCACACUCCAACAGCACGUCAAGUAUUAAAAACCAUUCGUCUCCAUUCACUCCUAUCAAACACGCUCACGCACGCCUGCUGGAAGUCCAAGCCCCUUGCACACAAAUCCUCCUGGUGGUCGUAAAAGAAACAAAUGCUUGGCUGUUGGGGAGAGGGGUGGGAUUAAAUUAUGGGGAAUCAAAUACAAAAUGGGAGUUCACAUAGUAACUUUUUGCUGAUGAUGCUGUGCUUUUAGGAGAUUCUAAAGAAAAGUUACAAAGGUUAGGGAGGGUGUGUUUGGGAGGGUGUGUAAAUGUAGAAAGUUGAAAGUGAAUAUAGAUAAGAGUAAGGUGAUCAGGGUUUCAAACGAUUUAGAUAAAAAUUAGACGUCACAUUGGAGAGAGGAAGUAUGGAAGAAGUGAAUGUUUUCAGAUAUAUUUGGGAGUUGACUUGUCAGUGGAUGGGUUUAUGAAGGAUGAGGUUAACCAUAGAAUUGAUGAUAGAAAAAAGGUGAGUGGUGCUUUGAGGUAUCUGUGGAGACAAAAAACAUUAUCAAUGGAGGCAAAGAAAGGAAUGUACGAAAGUAUAGUGGUGCCAACACUCUUAUAUGGGUGUGAAGCUUGGGUUGUAAAUGCUGCAGCGAGGAGGUGGCUGGAAGCAGUGGAGAUGUCCUGUCUAAGGGCAAUGUGUGGUGUAAAUGUUAUGCAGAGAAUUCAUAGUGUGGAAAUUAGGAGGAGGUGUGGAGUUACUUAAAGUAUUAGUGAGAGGUCUGAAGAGGGGUUGUUGAGGUGGUUUGGUGAUUUAGAGAAAAUGGAACAAGGUAGAAUGACUUGGAGAAUGUAUAAAUCUGUAGGGGAAGGAAGGCGGGGUAGGGGUUGUCCUCGAAAAGGUUGGAGGGAGGGGGUAAAGGAGGUUUUGUGGGCGAGGGGCUGGAAUUUCCAGCAAGCAUGUGUGAACGUGUUAGAUAGGAGUGAAUGGAGACGAAUGGUUUUUGGGACCUGACGAGCUGUUGGAGUGUGAGCAGGGUAAUAUUUUGUGAAGGGAUUCAGGGAAGCCAGUUAGCCGGACUUGAUUCCUGGAAAUGGAAAGUACAAUACCUGCACUUUAAAGUAAAGGAAGUAAAGGAGGGGUUUGGGAUAUUGGCAGUUUGGAGUGACUAUCUAAACUGUCAUAUCUGGGUGCCUCUGCAAAUACAGUGAUUAUGUAUGAGUGAUGGUGAAAGUGUUGACUGGUAAUGAAAGUUUUUUCUUUCCUUUGGGUCACCCUGCCUUGUGGGAGACGGCUGACGUGUUAAAAAAAAGAGGUGUGUGUUAUGUUAAGAUGAUCGUGUAUACCACACCGCCCAUCAGACACACACUUGUAUAUAUGAUGCAUAGAUGCAUGGUGGUGGUUUUUUUUUUUUUUUUUUUUUUUUUUUUUUUUUUUUUUUUUUUUUUUUUUUUUUUUUUUUUUUUUUAGGAACAAGAUGUUUGGGCUGGUUGUAGGGCUCUUGCUAGAGCUGGUGGUAGGCUGAUCUGAUUCUGGGGCAAUGUCCUCCCAUAGGUAGUUUUCAGAUGCUACUUGGUUAGAUGUCAGGGUAGUUUUAUCUGUUUUGAACAUAGAUUUGCUCUGGUGGUACCCAUUCUUCUAUAUCUUCAGGGAGAUUACUCAGAAUCUUUGGUCUUGAGAAGUCCUCCUUAUAUAUGAAACAUCAGAUUCUUUGUUGGAGGGACUUCCUGUGUCCUAUGGAGAGGUGUAUUGAUGAUGUUAGUGGUGUUAGUUGGCUGGGGUGGGUUUCUCUGUCUGAUAUGUAGAGUUCUUGCACGGCAUAUAGUUGUCAAGCCUGAUAUUUAUCGCGUUGAUCUUUUGGAUAGGCAGUGCUUCCAUUCUGAUUCUGUCCCUCAGUCUAGUGCCUGUGAUAAAGCAGAGUGCCUUGUUGUGGACUCUACAGCUGUAAUGUGUUUUUUCAUUGUUAGUGACAUGGGCACACAAGGAUAUUUCAAGCAUAGGUCUCAUCAUCAUCUUAUAUAGGUGCUUCUUGAUAUGUGAGGAGAGGCCUUAUUAAAUGUGUAUAUCUGGCUGAGGCAGACUUGCUAAGUUUACAUUUUUGGUGACGUGAUGAAAAAUGGAGUAAUCUGUCUGUCUCAUAGCCCAGGAUCUUAUUCAGAUUUUUGAUGGUGAUAGGUGUACCUCUGAUGUAGAUUCCGUCAUUGUUUUCAAUUGUUGACAUAACAUCAGAUAGUGCUGAUGAGGACUUUGUCAAGAUUGGUCGAGAUUGUCAUUUCUUUUCCCAGUUGACUGUUCUUCGCAAUUCCGUGUUCAUUUUAUGUCACCCUGUCAUGCCUGUUUUUUUUUUUUUCCGACACAGGGAAUGCUUAGUCACACUGAAACAUGAGUUCCUCAUUCUUAAUCAAAGUGCCAGUUACAUUUAACAGGAUGAGCCCUUUGAUGUUUAGGCAUUCAUUGCUCAAAAACCUGUUACACUCCCAGGGUGCUUUUCUGGAGGAACUACCCAUGAUAACCGAGUUUGGCUGAUUAAUUUCAUGUCAACUUUGGUAAAUCACAGGUUUGGUCAGCAGGUGUAUUACCUAUGAGUAUGACACACAUCCCAACCAAUAAUCCCACAUCAGCAUGAGAAUAUCAAAGCUCAUUAUGUUUUUUACUUAUAUUGUAACUCGCUAUACUGUCUGUAAAAGUUAUCAAUAUUUUGGGUAGGAAUCAUUUGCUGCUGCUGCUGCUGCUGCUGCUGCUGCUGCUGCUGCUGCUGCUGUAUUUCACACAUGAGUAUAAUAUGUGUAUGCAAUUGUAUAGAGGAAGAAACCAUGUAAUAUGGCUGCAACAAUUCACAGCUAACACAUAAUUUGGAGAGGACACUUUACAUGUUUGUCCUGGUCUAAUAAGUUGCAAAUGAGAGAAAAUUGUGAAAAAAGAAGGCAGGUCAGGUAAAGAGAUGAGAAAGUUAGGAGACAGGUCAUGUGAAGACAAGACUAGAUCAGAAGAGGUAAGGAGAAAGUCAAGGUCAGGUCAAGACAUGUGCAUUCUGAAGAUACAGCAUGUAACAAUAUAUGGGACUGGGAAAGGCUAACAUCAACAGAAAAAGGUAGGACCAAGAUUCAUGUUAGAAAUGCUAUGUAUUGUACAAGGGCUGAGACUGCAUCUGUGAAGGCUGAGAGGGAGUUAGAGAUAGAGUAUUAGUGUGUGUUAGAGAGUGAGUGAGAUGGAGAGCGGGUGGGAGAUGGAGGGCGGGUGAGAGUGAGUGGGUAUUUGUUUGUUUUGGCAGAGGAUCAACUUAUAGAAUUGUGUUCUGAGAUGAACUCUUCUUCUAUUUCAUGUUAUCAUUAUUUCCUGUGCAUUGGGUCAUGAUUAGCAUUAAGUUAGCUUUGGCUCUUUUAGGCUUGAAAUAUGUAGUACUUCCUCCUGCAGGUUCCUCCAUAGAUGAAAAUAUUAAGGGCAUUUGGACAUUAAGCUGCUGUUCACUCCAAGGAGAGUCACUUUCAACAUUGGACCCAAAGAACCCAUUGACUGGAAACCAGGGUUUCACUAUGAGUGGCACCUAGUGCAGGAAUUUUGCAUCCUGCUAAGUCUUAAUAGGAAAGUAGGAAGACUAGGACCACAUUGCUCCACAUUCAUGGCUUUUUAUGAGCCUUUCACUCAUCCUUCCGAAUGCAGAUACUGUUACUACCAACCUAACCUGAGUCUGGUUCAGUUUCUGUGAAUCUCGACUAAUAUGAGUUCAAAUUACUUGUUUAAUUAGUUCUAUGCUAUUCAGGUAUGACUAUUUUGUACAAGGUAUAGUCAACAAACUGCCUACAGACUGGAUUCUCUGUUAAUCUUGCUUCAGGUCUUGUUGCUAGUUCGUGACUCAUUUCAACUAUCAGUAGAUUUAUAUUGGGAUAAACUCUAAGGCAGGAUUCUUUCCAGAAUAGAGUCCCAUGACACUAUAGGUGUAUCAGGGUUCCUGCUAUUGUCAGCUUGUGUGCCUUUAGAACUCAUAAUGAAGGGCAUGAAGAUUAAGAGUAUGUCUACCUCACAUCUUUACUGUAACCCUGUUCCUCCACUACAGUAAAUCACCUUGUGACAUCAACGUGCAAUACAUUAAGGUAUGUUACUUUUUGCAGGUAGCUGUGCUAGAUCUUCAGGAGAAUUGUUCUAAGAGCAUUUCCACAGAGGGAUUUUCUGUACUUUGGACUCCCCUGAAUUUUUGUACAUAGAUAUCAGUGCCCUUACCUAAUACAGGGAUGAAUCCUGCUCUUCCCUUUCUACUUUACGUUAGGGUGACCAUCAGUAAGCAGUGAUGAAAUACUGUUCUUAUGGGUAUCUGAUGCAACAUGGCCUGAGCUAUAAACAGGUUGAAAGUAAUAUCCCGUCCUGAUAUAAUAUUAAAGUUCUGGGAUAUUAUGGCCUCUGCUGGUAUAAAUAUGAAGCAUACUAGAAUGACCAUUCUGUUAGCCAUCACUAAAUUAGUGGUGUCUCUAAAUCCUGACAUUGUUAGAUCUCCAUUGUAAUGAUGGGGUUUCAAAAGUUGCUUCAUGCAAUGAUAGGAAUUUUCUGGUUAGCAGGAAGGUGAACUGGAGCCAGUCCCCUAACUUAGGAUUUAAGACUUUGGCCCAAGAUCUGUAAUGAGACCCCUUGAUGCUGGUGAGGGGCUCUUGAUCUAGGGAAUUGGAUCUGUGCUCCAGUUCCCUGAAUUGAGCCUGAAUACCUUCCAUUCCCCCCCCCCCACAUACACUAUAUAAUUCUAUGGGUUUAGUACUUCCCCAUGAUUAUAAUAAUCAUAAUAAUCUGUAAUAAGAGAUCCUCUACUUUUAACCUCCCUGAUAAGAUUCUAGCAUAGUGUUUUCAAAAAUCACUCGGAGCACAAGGUUGAGAGCUUUCUGCUCAGUUCAGUUUUACUUUGAAUUUACCAGUUUUUGGUAUCCAGCUGGCUGCUUCUUUAAAUUGGGUGCUGGUGAUAGGUAGGUUCCAGUAGGGGCUCAUAGAGCCUGAUCUCAGCAUACAAUGGUUUAAAGUAUGAUUUAUUUUGUUAAAGGUUCCAUGAACCACGGUGUUUGCCGCCUCCCAGUGUCAGCUGUUCCUUCUUAGGUUAUAUUAACUGAUGCUUAAAGCUUGUACAUCUGGUGCUGCAGACAAGGAAGUGCAGGUGUGCUUCAGAGAGAAAGCUGAAGGCUAAGUUGACAAAAACUUGUAUAGUCCAUUAAUGUUGUAGUAAGAGGUUUACAGACAUUGAAAUUGCAGUAGUGGUUCAUAGAGCCUUCCACAAAGCUUUCAUACUUAAAAAUAUUGUAUUAUAAGUUGUGAUAUCUAGGUUAAUUUAUUUUUUCAUGUUUAUUACCUUUUUUUAAUAAUCUCAUGAUAAACUGAUUAAUGAUUGGUCUUAGUUCAAUAUGUGGAUAAAUUAUAAAAAUAUAAAUGUAUUUAGAAUAAAUUAAUUGGAGUGAUUCUUGCUUAAAUUAUUUAAGUAUAUGAAUAUACUAGAAAUGUUUUUCUACUAAUGUGGAGUACGUAUUUUGGCAUUACUGUAUUAUAUGACAUUUUUUAGAUUUUUAACACACUGCUUAAAAUGUACAGUAUAACCUUUUCUUAGUUUGUAACACAAAAAUAUGUAAUACUUGAUUAGUUUGAAUUCAAAGGGUCUUUCAUAUAAGAUCAGCUUUGUACAAAUGCAAUACGAUAUAUAAAAAACUUGACUUUCAAUCUCAAUAAAUGUACACUGUAUUCGAAUGAUGAUUGGCAUAAUAUAUCUAAUGGACCAAAACUUUUAUGAAUAAAUGAAAUAAUUUAAA